AUGUCUUCCAUCAAUCAAGAAAUCGAGAAGCAGAUUCAGCUAGCUAUGGAGCACCUCUCCGAGCAAUCUAAACCUAAUAUCUCGAAAACUACGCGAGAAUUCGCGGUUCCUAUGCACCGGCUACGCCGGCGAUGGUAA